UUCAAGCUCUGGAAAGUUUGGUGAAAUCAUUGAGUGAAAGGCAACAAACUAGCAGUAUAAAUUCCAGUCCACAUUGUAUCCCAGAUUUUGAGCCAGGAACGAUGAAUUUGUCAGUUUCAAAAUGGAUUCGGAAGAUCGAACAAAUUGGCGAACUUUACGGUUGGAACAACCACUACAAAAUUUACGUUAUGCAAAGCCGAUUAAAAGGUUUAGCGAAGCUUUGGUUCGAGAACUUAAAUAAUUACUCGAAGACUUGUGAUGAAUGGAAAACCUUUUUGGUUCAAUCUUUUCCGGAACAUCAGGAUUUCGCAGAAACGCUUAAGCGACUAGUUAACCGUAAAAAACUGCCGGAUGAAUCAAUGGCAAGGUACUACUAUGAUAAAAAGGUGUUGAUUGAUGCAUGCAAAAUUACGGGACGUGGUGCUGUUUCUUGCAUCAUUGAUGGACUACCGAAUGGGGGUAUUCAAAUCGGAGCAAGAGCGGGAAAUUUUCUUACAUGCGAAGAUCUUUUCGGUCAUAAUCUAUCAACGUUCAAUGAUGUGAGUGAACAUCAAACAAAAAUCAGAAAUAUUGAAGGACGAUCUAUAACAUUUUCGAGAGAAACAGGUUUUCAAGAGAAGGAUAUUGCAUGUUUUAAUUGCAAUAAGAAGGGUCAUUAUGCUAACCAAUACAAAGAACCAGCAAAGAGGUGUAACAAAUGUAAGCGAUGGGGACAUCAGGCCCAUGAAUGUUCAAAAGUAGCAGAGUUAGUGGUGUUAUUUUUGAUGCAUUUAUUGAUACUGGAAGUUCAGCUAUACUAAUGAAACAGACAAGUGCCCAUAAGGUUAGAGAAAACUUUGACCCAUGUUGUCUUCAUGUGAACGGUUAUGGUGGGUCAGUUAUACCUGUCAUUGGAAAAUUCUCUUCAGAAUUAGAAGUCGAUUCGGCUUCAGCGUCAGUUGAUAUCCAUAUUGUUCCUGAUCACGCUCAGAACGUUGAUAUAUUGAUAGGGAGGCCUUUUAUAAAUCAUCCGAAGAUUUUGAUGAUUGUUUCCAAUAAUAUUGUGCGGAUAAUGUUCAGGACACAAAAUUUCUUUCCUGAAUAUGAUU